AUGUUUGCGUCCCGUCAAUUCGUGAGAAGAUUGGCAUCUGCCGCCCCAAUCAAGCCUCCAGUCCAGCUGUUCGGUCUGGACGGCACCUACGCCACCGCAUUGUUCUCCGCUUCAGCCAAGGACUCCUCCAUCGACAAGACGUUCCAGUCUGUCCAGAAACUCUCCUCCACCAUCAGCAAGGACGCCAAGGUCGCCCAGGUGCUGUCGAAUCCGGCUCUGUCGCUGAACUCCAGAAAGGAGGUUGUUUCCAUCCUGUCCAAGGAGCUGAAAUUGGAGCCUGUUGUGUCCAACCUGUUGACCGUGUUGGCCGAGAACAACAGACUGUCCUUGUUCGACUCCAUUGCCAAGCAGUUUGGCGUUCUGAACGACGCGUACAACGGCGUGGUCGAGGCCACCGUUGUUUCCGCCAAGCCACUGGACAGCAAAAUCCUCAACAGACUGACCAAGUCCAUCACCAACUCCAAGUACGUUGGCUCGGGCAAGACCCUGAAGAUCAAGAACGAGGUCAACCCAGAGAUUCUGGGCGGUCUGAUUGUUGAGGUGGCCGACAAGUCGGUCGACCUGUCGCUCGCCACCAAGGUCAACAAGCUCAACAAGGUUUUAUCGGAGACUAUUUGA